AGAGAGAGAGAGAGAGAGAGAGAGAGGGCAAACUUUACGUGGUAGUGGUGUUGAGACGCUUUAGGGGCUCACCUUGUUCAACCACCGAACGAACAUACCUUCGGUUACCAUUCUUAAACCCCCCCCCCUCCCCAAACCACCCACCAGCCGGAGAGACACGGGCUGCAUCCUCUUAAGCUGUUCAUGCCGGAUAAAGUUCAUGACCAACGUGGUAGAGGAGAGGGGACGAAGGCUAGACGGCACAUACCUUUCGAUAAACUUAUCGGGAAGUCGCUCGUCGCCGUCUGAAAUGGGCACCUUGCGUGACCUCCAGUACGCGCUCCAGGAGAAGAUCGAGGAGCUGCGGCAGAGGGACGCGCUCAUCGACGAGCUGGAGCUGGAGCUCGACCAGAAGGACGAGCUCAUACAGAGGCUGCAGACCGAGCUGGAUAAAUACCGCUCCGUGAUCAAACCGGCAACCCAGGUCGUCAAGCAGAACGAUCUGCACGAGCAGCAGAGGACGAAGAGGCAGGCGAUUUCGGCCGAACCCACAGCCUUCGACAUCCAGGAUCUUAGCCAUGUCACCCUACCUUUCUACCCCAAAAGCCCACAGUCCAAAGACCUGAUCAAGGAGGCCAUCUUGGACAAUGACUUCAUGAAGAACCUGGAGCUGUCGCAGAUUCAAGAGAUCGUGGACUGCAUGUACCCUGUGGAGUAUGGAAAGGACAGCUGCAUCAUUAAGGAGGGCGACGUGGGCUCGCUGGUCUACGUCAUGGAAGACGGGAAGGUGGAGGUGACGAAGGAGAGUCUGAAGCUCUGCACCAUGGGGCCGGGAAAGGUGUUCGGAGAGCUCGCCAUUCUCUACAACUGCACGAGGACUGCCACUGUCAAGACCCUAACAAAUGUCAAGCUGUGGGCCAUCGACCGACAGUGCUUUCAGACGAUCAUGAUGAGGACGGGUCUCAUCAAGCACACAGAGUAUAUGGAGUUUCUGAAAAGCGUUCCCACAUUCCACGGCCUGCAGGAAGAUAUUCUGAGCAAGCUCGCCGAUGUCCUUGAGGAAACGCAUUAUGGAGAUGGAGAGUACAUCAUCAGGCAGGGGGCCAGAGGAGACACCUUCUUCAUCAUCAGCAAGGGAAAGGUUAACGUGACCAGGGAAGACUUGCCAAAUAUAGAGCCUGUCUACCUGCGAAGCCUCGGGAAAGGAGACUGGUUCGGAGAGAAAGCAUUGCAAGGGGAGGACAUAAGGACAGCCAACGUCAUUGCAGCAGAGGCAGUCACCUGUCUAGUCAUCGACAGAGAUUCAUUCAAGCACCUGAUUGGAGGUUUGGAGGAGGUUUCCAGUAAAGGCCAUGAGGAUGCUGAUGCCAAAGCCAAAUACGAAGCGGAGAAUGCAUUUUUCUUCAACCUCAACCUCGCCGACUUCAACAUCAUCGACACUCUGGGAGUUGGUGGAUUUGGCCGCGUUGAGCUGGUUCAGCUCAAGAGCGACGAGAACAAAACCUUCGCAAUGAAGAUCCUGAAGAAGCGGCACAUUGUCGACACGAGGCAGCAGGAGCACAUUCGUUCAGAGAAACUCAUCAUGCAGGAGGCCCACUCUGACUUCAUCGUUAGACUCUACAGAACAUUCAAGGACAGCAAGUACCUCUACAUGUUGAUGGAGGCGUGUUUGGGAGGAGAGCUGUGGACCAUUCUUCGAGACCGGGGUUCAUUUGAGGACUCGACCACCAGGUUUUACACGGCUUGUGUGGUGGAAGCCUUUGCCUACCUGCAUUCCAAAGGAAUCAUCUACAGAGACCUCAAACCAGAGAACCUUAUUUUGGACCACAGAGGAUAUGCCAAACUGGUCGACUUUGGCUUCGCCAAGAAGAUCGGAUUCGGAAAGAAAACGUGGACCUUCUGUGGGACGCCGGAGUAUGUAGCACCAGAGAUCAUUCUGAACAAGGGCCAUGACAUCUCAGCCGACUACUGGUCUCUGGGAAUCCUCAUGUUUGAGCUCUUAACUGGCAGCCCUCCUUUCUCUGGCCCCGACCCCAUGAAAACUUACAACAUCAUCUUGAGAGGAAUCGACAUGAUAGAAUUUCCAAAGAAAAUUACCAAAAAUGCUGGCAACCUAAUUAAAAAGCUAUGCAGGGAUAAUCCUUCUGAACGACUGGGAAACUUGAAAAAUGGUGUCAAAGACAUUCAAAAGCACAAAUGGUUUGAGGGCUUUAACUGGGAGGGCUUGAAGAAGGGAACAUUGACCCCUCCUAUCGUCCCUAAUGUGACAUCAGCCGUGGACACGAGUAACUUUGACAGCUUCCCAGAGGACAUCGAGGACCCGCCUCCCGACGACAACUCCGGCUGGGACGUUGAUUUUUGAAGACCUUCUCUCGACUUAAAACCAAAAGAAACUCUUCUUUUGUUGGCUUGAAGGCCGUCUUGAGGACAUGGUUGGGUUGUAAAAAAAAAAACUGUUUUAAAAAGAAAGAGAGGAUAUGGAAAAGAAGAUAAAUGGAUGGAUGGCAAACCCUCUGGGUCACCGAUAUGCCUUUAUUUCACUGUGGCUCUAGAACAAGCAUUUAUAAUGGGACCGCUGUAGCACUUCUUCAGUGUUUUCUUACACUCAGCUCAAAAGGCAAAGAAAGUGCAGGGAUACACACAUAUACACACAAAUCAGGCUGACAGUGGAGCCAGCUUUUCUCUUUGAAACAGGGAAAGAUGUUUAGCGGGUGGAUGAAUGUUAGAUAAUUGUCUAAGUUUUGGUUUCUAAGAUAAAUAAGAAUUUGAGAAAUGUGGACUGCUCAAAAAAGAUGAUGAUUGCUGAUUGAUUUUCUUUUUUUUUCUGGGUUGUUUUUUUCUUUGCAAUAUUUGGUGAAAAAUGUGGAGAAUCUCAGAUGUCCCUGCAGUUGCUCCCUGGUUUGUGACAUCUCCAAUAGAUCCAUACGCUACAGUUUGCAAGCAAAACUGGUAUCAAGUGCUCAAGACCAACCUGAAUGUCUCGGAUUAUCUUCUGAUUUAACAUCCUUAUGGCGUACUGCAUGCAUGGGACGUGGUAUUUGAAUUUACAUUCACACACAUGACCACACCCAUAAUCAAAUACGUUCUAUGAGAUUAACUUACCGUGAAAAGCACAAACACUGUGCUUUCAGUGGAAAGAGACGUGACUCUUAAAAGUGCCCUGCUUAAUAUUUAAUGAAUCACACACAUUGAACAUCAGCUGGUUAUUCCAUGAAGCAAUCUGUCCUUAUGCACUUAAGACCAUUAACUGAAAGAAAAUAGCGAAACCUAAUUUUAAUUUGAUUGGAUAAAGUGACAUUUUUUUGUUAUUUAAUAUGCUUUUAAUUACUCAUACGAAUGUUUCUCGAUACUUUCUGCAUACAUCUUCAUUUUAUUUUUAAGUCACCCAAAUGCCUCGUCCUCAGUAUGCGCCUGUAUAUUUCUGAAAUAACUGUGAACAAGGUUUUAAUGUCUUCGGUGCUGUUAUUGAUAAAUUAUAGUUAAGCGAUGGUGAAAUGACAGUACUGGCUUUUGUUUUGUAAAGUGUUUCUUUGUGCUCUAUUCCUUUGUGACGUACUUAACUCCCCUCUUUAGAAAAUUGGAGACUUGUGUCCAUUUGUAAAUUUGAGUGAGGAUUUGUUGGAAAUCACUUGACACCAUUUGACAUGUGUGCUACAUGGUAUUCCCGAGGUUUUUAAACAAGUUCAUCCAUGAAUAAAUUAACAAUUCUCGUCUUGAGAGGCAAAAUACCAGAUUCCCAUUUAGACUUAAAUUCAUCUUAUAAAAAUGUCCUCUAAUAGCACAGAAGAAAGAAUGAGGCAGAUUUAUUGUUUUAAACUCACACCCAACUCAUCACUUCUCAUGUCAAAAAAUCAGAGCAUAAAAUCUGCAGAAAUGCAAGUGCCUUAAAUCAAUGGCAUAGAUAAUGAAUGAAGAUCACAAGUCCUAUUUGAUGCUGCAUGAACACAUAUACACCUCAGAAACCUAUGUGUCCUCUUAGAUGGCUGCUUCUCAUCCUUUGGUUAUAUCUAAUAAAUGCAUUAAUCACCAUGGAAAGAUCAUUUUAUUUGAUGGCUGACAAAACUGCAUCAGAAAUACAAUUCCUGCUUUCUGCUUUUUGAUGUCUCUCAACCGGAGCAUUGGUAUUUGAAAUUAUGGAGAACAAAUACCUGAUAUUGCAGCAAUGACAUGCCUGUCUCUACAAUCCCAAAUGGUCUUAAGUAGUCAACCCCAAGUGGCCAAAUUUAAAGUCAACUACGAAUCACUGCUCGGAGGGACCAUCCAUCCGUCACCUGUUUCAGUCCCGAAAGCAUGUAGAGAUGGCAAGAAUGAUUUGCAGAUUGGAACAUUUCACAGGUUGGAAAGCAACAUUCCUUUGCAGUGCUGACAAUCAUUGAUGGUAUGAUGGCAUUUAAUCAUGAUGUAUCGACAUCCAAAUCCUCAUUUUAUUACAGCUUCAAUUCAUAUUUCAUCGCCACUUACAUUUACAUGAUGUAAACCGUGAAAUAAUGUUGAUGCAGAGCUACGAAAUAUUAGUUCUGUGUGUGUACCAUAAGUAUUUUUGCUGUAUUAAGGGCGGUUUAUGUUUAUCACUAAGCCUUAUGUAUGCCAUCACUUUACAAACCACUGGUUUUCAGUCUUUUGUCGACCGCCUUCUGCGAUGUGACCUGAUAUUUGCCUUGUUUUGUGUUGUUUAUUCUGCUGUGAAUUAAGUUUGCAGAGUGCCACCUGUAAGAUUUUUAAAAUUAUAGAGUAAAAACAAUACAUUUUGAGUG